GAACGUCGACGAGUGCUUCCUUCCUGCGACCAUUUUGUAAGCGGCGCCAUUAAGAUUCAAAGAGCACUGCGUGUAUUGAAAUAACUGUUAAAAACAGUAGAAAAACAACUGGCCCUUGUUGCCAGCAUAAGACCUCUUUCACUUGAUUAGUGCGUCUUCCAAACAGCACGCGUUUGCAUUUCAUUCUGGAGUAAAAGGCAAACCGGUUGAGAAAAUAUACCAAGGGUAGUUAUUUCUUGUGCAAUAAAAAAAUGUCGGAGGAGCACCAAGUCGGAGAGGACCCGGUGGUGAAGAUGGAGGAAGACGGGGAGGCGGGCGGAGAGGAGCAGCAGAUGGCGACCGGAGAGAGCGGGGCUUCAGAGUCCGAGGGAUCGAAGAUCGACGCCAGCAAAAACGAGGAGGAUGAAGGAAAAAUGUUUGUUGGAGGGUUGAGCUGGGAUACAACGAAGAAGGACCUGAAAGAUUAUUUUUCCAAGUUUGGAGAAGUAGUAGACUGCACACUAAAACUGGAUCCCAUGACUGGACGGUCCAGAGGAUUCGGCUUUGUAUUAUUUAAAGAUGCUGACAGCGUUGAUAAGGUUAUAGUGCAGAAGGAGCACAAACUGAAUGGAAAAGUGAUUGACCCUAAGAAAGCCAAGGCUAUGAAGACCAAGGAACCAGUGAAAAAAAUCUUUGUAGGAGGACUUUCGCCGGACACCCCUGAGGAGAAAAUCCGGGAAUACUUUGGUGGUUUUGGGGAGGUGGAGUCCAUAGAGCUUCCCAUGGAGAACAAGACCAACAAAAGACGGGGCUUCUGCUUUAUCACCUUCAAGGAAGAGGAGCCCGUGAAGAAGAUCAUGGAGAAGAAGUACCACAAUGUUGGGCUCAGUAAAUGUGAAAUCAAGGUCGCCAUGUCCAAAGAACAGUACCAGCAGCAGCAGUGGGGAGGCAGGGGGAACUUUGUGUCCAGAGCCCGUGGAAGAGGUGGCCCAAGUCAAAACUGGAACCAGGGAUACAGCAGCUACUGGAAUCCGGGAUACAGCAACUACAACUACGGCUACAACAGCCAAGGCUACGGAGGAUACGGGGGCUAUGAUUAUUCCGGUUAUAACAACUACUACGGAUAUGGUGACUACAGCAAUCAGCAGAGUGGUUAUGGCAAAACUCCAAGGCGUGGUGGUCACCAAAACAGUUACAAGCCUUACUAAAAUAUUAUCCCUACUUAAUACAAGCAGCGGGAACUUCAUUGCAGGCCAUGAGUCGCGCUGACUUCACGAUUCUCUCAGGCCCGCUCAAUGCGGACAGGGUACGAGAGGCGCACGCUCUCAAAUGCUGCCGUUUGGUAUGGUCUUCCAACAUCCUGUAUCAGCAUUAGAAAAUAAAACGGAUACUCCGAGCUUUUGCCUUCACUUUUUUUUUUCCUUUUGCUUUUGUUUUUGGGAUUGUUUUAUAGAAGGAAUAUCUUUUAAUGUAAUUUUAAUGCUAUUUUUUACAGGCCCCCAAGUAAAGGUUAAUUACGACAUCAUACUGAAAAAAAUAACUACUUAUUCUUCUACGGACACAGCUUUCUCUGGACUUUCCAGUGUCUUACUAUAUAUUGCGUUCCUGGUCUAUUUGUGAUUGCUUGCUUUUCCCCAUUUAUAGCCCUUGUAGCAGUAAACCCCAGUAGUCCAUGAGCUAAAACCUGGUUUGUACUUGGAUGUAACUGCGUGGAAGAAAUCCUUUUAAUUCCGUUGUAUCAGAAUAUCUGUACGGUGUUUUGUGGUACUGCCAGCGGUGGGAAAACGCUUUUUUUUGUAAACAUGGUUAAUUUCUCCUAACAAGUGUUUUUUUUUUUGUUUUCUUUUUGAAAAAUGACGAGUGUUUAAUAAAAUUUGCAUGUAAUGCUCAGAUUAACAUGUAUUUUAGGAUCAAACAAUGGAUUUAUUCUUUAAUUUUGUACUUUUUUUGGCGUCAUUUUCCCUCUUCCAAUUGUUGCACUUCAGGAUUUCUAGCUUAUGGACUAACUUUGUUUUUAAGUGUUAAUUGUAGAAUUUUGAAUAUAUAUAUAUCAUUUUGUCUCCUUAAUGGAAUUUGUAAAGGGUUGGGGUUCCUUUUAUAUAUACGUAUACCUUAUGUAGCGUUUCACACCUUGGUUUGUGUACAGAGGAUUAACAACUUCGUGUCAUUUUGUUUUUUCCAGGUGAUGGAGCAGUAUUGUUCGUCAGAGAGAAGGUCCCCACGAGAGGGUUUUAGCCUAAACACAGACAGCAGCUUUCAAUCACGGGUUUCGUGCCAACACGAAUAAAGCAGUUGGUUGUUUUUUUUUGUGCAGAUGAGAUCCUAAUUCUAAUUAAAAUAUUGCUUUUAUUUCUAUAUUUUAUGGCGAUAAUUAAAAAUAACUUUGUUUCUUGUCAGUUUUGUUUCCUUUCGGUUUACUGUGAGAAGUCUUGUGUGAAGCUAUAUUGUGAGGAGCUGGUGUCCUGAAUUUUUCUUUUUUUCUAAAUAAACUUUUUUUGUAAAAGUA